CUCAGUUUUUAUUUUUAGUCUUAGAAUAAAAAAUUUUUUAAUGGCCAAUCGAAUAACGAAAAGUAAGUAGUAGUAAAUCAAUUUAUUCUAUCUCGUCAUUGGCUGCUUUUCCUCUACCAAUCAUUUUUUAGUUUGGUUAGCUUGAAUAAACCUAUGGUUGAGCAUAAAUAUCUGUUAUGAUGAAGCGCCAUUAGAUUUUUAGAUCAAAAUAAUGUUUAUCAUCAUGGAUAAUGUUACAUAAUGUCGUAAUCCACUUCUUACUUUGAGGAUUAUACUUUCACAUAAAUGGAGGUUGUUCCUGAGGUCAAACAUGACGACACCUUAAGCAUAACGUCUAAUAAAAAGAAUAGUCAACAGGGAAAGUUCUAUCCUAAAAGCUAUGAGAGGUCACCACGAAACCAUGGGAACAAUAUCACAAGUGGACGAAGAGGACCUGGACUUUUUAGACCCACAGUAAAUGAAAACUCGAUAUUACAACCGAACAUGCCACCUAAUCUACUCCGUAGUCGAUUAUCUCAUUUUAAACCUUCUUUGACUCCUGGACUUGGAACAAGAAGAGUGGUUUAUGGAAACUCAAGACAGGAUGCAAAUCUGAAAUUCAGCAUAGAGCCUCGUUUGAGUGAUGAAGCUUUUGAUGAAUGGGUUAAUGCUAUACGUCUCAUGGCUCGCUUAGGUGAUGGAUUGCCAGCAUCUAUUCGUGCACGCGUUUGGUCAACUCUUGCAGAUCGGCAGUUGGCUAAACAACAUGUGGACUGGGAUCAUGUUAUUAAAGUGGCUUUCAAUGAACCAUCCAAUCAAGAUGAUGAUAGAUUAGGCGAACAGAUUGUAAAAGAUCUGCAUCGUACUGGAUGUGAACAGUUUGGCUCAGAUUCUGACAGGGCAUCAUUGAAACGUGUACUUCUGGCUUACGCUCGAUGGAAUAAACGUGUCGGUUAUUGUCAAGGAUUCAAUGUGAUAGCUGCUGCUGUACUGGAUGUUACUGCUCGAGAUGAAAAGAAGGCAUUUAAGAUUAUGGUUUACCUAAUUGACUAUGUCUUACCGGAAUCGUAUUUUGCACAAAAUCUACAAGCACUUUCAGUGGAUAUUGCUGUAUUUCGUCAACUUUUACAGACAAGACUACCUGAAUUAGCCAACCAUUUGGAUCAUUUGCAAUAUAAGGCUGCUUUAGAAACUGAAUAUCAGUCGGGAGCGAAACGAUCACCGUUUGAUAAACAGGAUAUUGUAUCAGGGAAAAAUCAAGGUGCUUAUGAGCCACCAUUAAUGAAUGUUUAUAUUAUUCAAUGGUUUCUUACACUAUUUGCUACUUGUUUAGCUCCGGAUGCAGUCCUACGUGUAUGGGACAGUAUCCUACUUGAGGGUUCUGAAGUGAUUCUAAGAACUGCAAUUGUUAUCAUGGAUUUUCUGAAAAGCCGUUUGUUAAAAUUAAAGUCAGCUGAUCAGUUUUACUCUACAAUGAGUGAUUUAUUGUCAGCGCUUGCUGAAGGGAAAAUUGUCAGCAGUCAAGAAUUAUUAUUUGAAAUAUACGAAUUGGCGCCGUUUCCCUAUCCGGGUUUGAAAGAAUUACGCGAAAAGUUUAUGUAUAAUAUUGCACCACUAGUUCUUACCAAUAUGAAUAAUAAUCCAUUUAUUGAUUGUACUAAGAAUGGUCAGGAUAAUAACAAGAAGCAGAAGAAAGCUGAUAAAUUCAACUUACUGAAGUAUUUUUCUACAAGCUUUAAAAAACCAGAAUCACUAGAACCUACUAGUACUGUUAAAAAUCUAACAAAAUUCAAGAAGGAUAAUAGAUGUUCAAAUGAAACUACGGCAACGCGUACUGCGGUCAAGUGUGAAAAUGCACAAUCACCUUUCAGAGAAAAGCUAAAGGUCAAUCAGAGAGAAAAUGAUGAAAAUCAGUCGCCCCCAGAAGUAAAUACAGUGGAAUCUACGAAUGAUACUUAUGAAGAAAUUAGUUUGGCUCCAAAUAUUCAUCAUUCUCAGUCACCGAAACAAUCUUCAGGAAAAUUUUUCAGUUCCAGUAAAACACAGAAUAUUCAUCCUAAUAGUAAUACCGGUCGUAAUGAGACUAAUGACAAAUUAAGAAAACUUGUCAAUCCUCCAAUCAAAGGAGCUGUCAGAUGUUUUUCAGCUUUUUGGCCGGAGAAAAAUAAUGAUGAUUUUGAGUCAUUAUUCUCUAGUAAAUCUUGUAUUACAGAAAGUAUUUCAAUGAAAUCAUUACAUGCUUCUCACGAUGAUGAUUGUAAUCAUAAUCAUCACACUAGUAAUGAUGUUGAUAAUCAUCAUCAAAGCAGGUCAUUGAAGUUAUUCCGGUUUCGAAGUCUUCGAAGUAGUCCAGUGGAUAACUGUGAAACAAGAGUGUGUUCAGAUAUCAGUGAUAUUGGUCCUGGUGCAGUUAGUGAUGCGCCAAGAUUAACGCCUAUGGAUAAAACAUCUUCAGCUGAUCAAGCUCGUAUGACUAGAGAUCUUGAAAAAUUGAAGUCAGUGUAUAAAAGGCAACAAGCAGCAUGUCAACGAUCGACUGUGAUAAUCCUACCCAAUGAUAUUUUGCAGUCAACUUGUUGUCCAACAAAUAUGAUUACUGUUCUUCCUCAAAAAAGGCAAACUAAUCAAAAAUCAUUGAGAAACCGUCAGUCAGUGAAGUCUGAAUCUUUCACUUCCAAUAAUACCUUAGAAUAUCAAACAGGAGAAGUAAAAUCUUUUGAAUGUGAUAACGAUAGUUGUGUGUCAUCAAACUUUCUCAAUAAGAAGAUUGAAAACUCAUCCAAUGAAUGUAUAUGUUCAGAUCAACGUUUAAUUGGAGCUGUACGUACUUGGCAAAAAAGAGCCAUCUGGUCAUCGGUUUCAGUUGAUGAAAGUGACAAUACAAACUUAAAAGUUCAAACGAAGGAAGUAAAUGGUGAAGAUUUAUCGCCUAAACAUUCCAAUGGUAGGAAGCCUAAAUUAUGGGAAUUAGCAAGCUCUAAAGAAAUGAAGUUUUGUUGGCCACCAAAGUAUUCCUACUCAGCUGAAACACUGAAUAGUAAUAAUCCGGUGUGUGGUGAUUUCCCUAAAAGCAAUGAUGAAACUAACUCUAAUGUUUCACCAAAGAGAGAUAUAUAUUUUCCUUAUAACACUAGUAUAACCUAUUCAAAAAAAUUUGUCAGUGAAUAUAUUCUGAUGAAUAUGAUUAAGCAGCAUAUUGAACAAAAAGCGGCCGAUAGUUUACUCGACUCUGAAUUGUCAAAGGCCAUUUCCACGAAGUCAUCCGCUGACGUUUCAAAUGAAGAUGUUAACUCAAACUCCGAAGAAACUGCUUCGAUAUACACUUCAGUAUCAAGAUCGACUGCAAGAAAAUUGCCUUGGGAAGAAGCAGCUGCAUCUUUUGUGUCUAAACAUCGUUCCAAUCAUUUAAAUAAUACUAUUCUCUCAAAGAGAACAACUGAGUCAUUCCCUGUAAAAAUGCCUCUUACUCAAUCUCGAAAAGAGUUUGGAGCGAAAUUUGGCAUUUAUCAAGGUAUCAAUUCUGAAAAUUCAUCGUUUGGUUCAGGUUUUACAGAUCGCGUACAGGUGAUGCAAAGUGUAUGCGCAAAUCGUAUAACUCGGUGAUUUCAAAUUCGUAUUAUUUUUUGUAAAAUGUAACAUUGUUGCACAUAACGUCCUGUCUUCUACUUUAUCAUCGUGUUUAUACUGUCUGCUUAAACGUAUUUUGUCAUAGACGAGUAAGUAAACAGGACUUUUUAUUUAUCUAAAUUUGAAAAGAUGAAGUAGUUUUUUUCAAAGAGUCUUACAUUUUCCUUCCAUCGGUUAACUGUGCUUACUGUUGAAUAGAAUUCAAUGUCUGUUUGUUGUUUAUUGUAUAUUUGUUUUUGUACGUGAAAAAUUAUCUUGCUUCAUUUUCAGUAAUCAUCGUCCGUCAUCCUCAUACUAUCCUACUUUAAACUAUACUUAUUACCUCUGAGCCUCCAUUACUUACUUCCAAAGAUAUGGCUGUAAAUAAAAUUCACCUAUGUAUCAAUAAUGAGUUUCUACGCACCGAUGAUACCAAAUAUUAUGAUUGGUGCACAGGACAGUGCAGUUUCCCCGUAAUUAAUCGUUACUAACUUAACGAAGUGUUACUGAAAUUAUAGUAAGCAUCACAUGCAUGAGC